AUAUAUAUAAAAAAAUACUUAUUAGCAUUUAUACAUCCCUUGGGGAGGGCUAUUGCUAUAGUAUUUUCAGCCUUGCCAUACUGGUGACACUGCCAAUGUUUCAUUUAUUGCUGGAGGAACUUGGCUGAUAAAAUGGAGUGUUUAACUGGUAUAUACUGUAUAUAAAAGAAAUAUAUAAUAGCACUACAACACAAAGCAGAUAAAUUUUAAACAGGCACUUUUCUAACUUCCUGUGCUAGCUACCUUUGCCGUAGUACUAGCUUGUACAAAAGCAGAACCAAGUACAGAUUUAGUUUCCCUUCUCUAUUUAGUUACUGUUUUCAUCCUCUAUAAUGGCGCUGAAGUGGAAAAUUGUCUUUGCAUCUGUCCUUGUGAAGCAAACUAUUCUCUAGAGUUGAGUUGGUAAGUUUCUUUUUACCACAAGAGGGCGCUGUAUGUCAUUUUACCAUAUUAAUUAGAAAGUCAGUGCCGUCUGAUCUGCAGUUCAGAUUUCAUUAAAGAUGCAUCAGGGGUCUUUUUAUUUAAAAUGUAUGACUUUUCAUUUUUUUUAGAAAAUGUGCUGUAUUUUCUGCAGCAUAUAUUCGUAUCCUGAGUCUUCCCUAAGGAUUUGUGGACAAAAGAUUCUUGGAUGUUCUCUUAAUCUAAACAGCAUAAGCAGUCAGGUUUCUUUUCUUUACUUCAGUUAAUCAAAACAUUAAAAAUAGAGUUUUGUGGCCUAGUCAAAGUCUAAACUCAGCUGCACUGGUGCCAACUUAAGCAGGCUGUUCGUUCUGGAAAACUCGAGGUUAAAAAAAAAAGAAAAGAAGACUCACAUCCCCACAGCAUGCCGCCGCCACCACCGCAGGAAUGUUUUCAUUUCCCCCAUCAAACUUAUGUGAAAUCCUCUAAAGUCGUCACAGAUCAAAUUGCAUACAGAUUAACUCUGUUUACUAAUUCAACAGUUUCUCUAUUUUUAUAUUUGGGGGCACCAGAGUAAAGGGAGUGGAAAGGCUUUCCUGCAUUUUUCAUUCAUGAUUCAUUAAUUUCAUUAAAAGGCCAAAGUUAAGAUUUUGUUGAGAUCUUCUAUUAACAUUUUCUUCACUAGCUUUAUGGUUCUCACCAAACUGAAAAGUAAACUGUCAUCUGAUUUCUUUCUCUCUCUUUUUUUUUCGUCCCCUCACUCCUGCGUUAAAGUUACAGCCACGCAGGGCGGAGCUCUCCUGCUGAUGUUCAUGCUUAAUAAAUUAUGCAAAUGUUUGUCACGUUCAAACCUGGCUGUGAGAAUGCACUAAAUCUUCUCUCGUGGACACAGGAAAACGCACUCAACCGAUGCGUUUUUAUCUUCUAUUACAGUCACAGAGGGCUUCUGCUCCUGACUCCACAUUCAAUUAUUUAUGCCUCUGAAAUGUGCAGGGUGCGUCUCUCAUGCUGGGAUGCAGCAAAGCAGAGAAUGUGCCGCUGCCCCUGAGUUGGAUGCAUUACGGUACUCCACAGCUAAUGCAGUGGCGCUGAAGUUGGGGGUGGUGUGCGUGUAGGGGAGUGGAAGAGGGGGGACUUGAAGGAUACUGAGAUGAAGAGGAGGAAGAGCACAAUGGAAGCACAGACUGUUGCAAAUCCCCCAGCCUAGUUUUCACUGCAGAGAAGCCAGCCAGCAGUGCGUUUUUUUUUUUCAUUAUGAUGAAGAAGAGCUGGGAGGUGCGGAGUGGAGACAGAGAAGUCCUUCUGGAUUUGGACGCCAGGGGUGAAGCACACACCACAGACGGCUACGGCAGUCUGCAGAACGGGGACUUUUUCCCUUUACGAUGUUUUUCAGCCGCAGCUUCAAAGUGCCACGUCCACGGCGAUGAUCCAAUUAAUUUGCACUAUAUGACAAGAGAUAACCAAGCGGUCUCAAAGAUGGGCAACCACUUCAGAGAUGGACGAACUAAAAUUGAUUUUGUGCUGGUGUGGGAGAUCCGGUCACGGGGCAAGCAGCGAGGAAAGGGGAAAAGCAACGGGAACUGUGAGGAUGGGGAGUCUGCACAACAGGCAGAGUGGAGGGACAAGUUUGUCCAGAACCUCCAGAGUGCCGGACUGCUCUUGGAAAAGGAGGAAUCUGCAAAUGAAAAGAAAACCAUACAUUUUCUUAAAGUCAGCGCCCCCUGGGAUGUGUUGGUUUACUAUGCUGAGGAACUUUGCCUCCGAGCUCCACUGCAGGCCCAGCAACACCUGGACCUAAACACAUCUUCCGUUGUUCUAAGAAGACUCUGCGUUCCCAACAUAAUGAUGGAAUCGGUGCCAAACAGGCCGCUGGACUAUUACACAUGCGCCUUCCGCAAGUCAAAGAUGAACAGAUUCCUCGGCUCCGAAGACCAAGACAGCUACUUCACUAACACUCAGAGACACCAGGUUGUUUAUGAGAUUCUAGCUCGGACAGUGUACGGCAAAAGAAAGAGGACGGAGGUUGGCGUGGACAGACUGGUAAAUGAAGGGGCCUACACAGCAGCUUAUCCUCUGCAUGAGGGACCUUUCAAGCUUCCGAGCCACGAGAUCCAUCCUGACGAGCUCAACCAGAGGCAGGUCCUGCACUACUACUGGGCUCGCUGGUGCAAAUGGUUCAAGUACCAACCACUAGAUCACAUUAGGGAGUACUUUGGAGAGAAGAUUGCCCUCUACUUUGCUUGGCUAGGUUUCUACACAGCCUGGCUGCUGCCGGCGGCCAUAGUGGGAACGCUGGUUUUUGUGUCAGGAGUCAUGUCCAUGGACACUAACACACCAGCGGAGGACAUUUGUACCAGUGGUGCGAAGUAUCCGAUGUGCCCCCUUUGUAAAACAUGCGAUGCUUGGAACAUGUCUGAUAUCUGCACCAUGGCAAAGCUUGGCUACCUGUUCGACCACCCCGGUACCGUGCUCUUCAGCGUUUUCAUGUCCUUCUGGGCCGUGACCUUUCUGGAGUUCUGGAAGCGCAAGAUGGCUACUCUGGCCCAUCAUUGGGACUGCAUGGAUUUCCAUGAGGAGGAGGAACGUCCCCGUCCUGAGUUUGCCGCCACGGCCCCAACUGUGGAGGAAAAUCCAGUGACUGGAGUCAAAGAGCCGUACUUUCCAGAGAAAACGAGACUGUCUCGCAUGUUCACUGGCUCCAUGGUCAUUGUCCUGAUGCUGUGUGUGGUGAUAAUCUUCCUGGUGACAGUGGUCAUGUGUCGAGGAGUCAUCAGCGUCAUGAUGUACCAGAGCGGGAGCCCUGUGCUGCGUACAGAGGCUGGAACCAUAGCUAACAUCUGCAGCAGCAUUGUGAACCUGGGCUUCAUUCUGGUAAUGGGUCAGGUUUAUACGGCCUUAGCUGAGCAGCUCACCAAAUGGGAGAUGCACAGAACCCAAACCCAGCAUGAUAACGCUUUCACCCUCAAAGUGUUCAUCUUCCAGUUUGUCAACUUCUACUCGUCUCCCUUCUACGUGGCUUUCUUUAAGGGAAGGUUUGUGGGUUACCCUACAAACUAUGGAACCUUGUUUGGGAUGAGAAACGAAGAUUGUGGUCCUGGUGGUUGCCUCAUUGAGUUGGCUGAACAACUCUUCAUCAUAAUGGUGGGAAAGCAGCUCAUCAACAACAUCCAGGAGUUCAUUAUACCCAAAGUAAAAGCCUGGCGGCAGAAAAGAACCUUGGCCAGCGUGUUGGGAGAUAAUGAGCAAGACGAGCCUCGGCUCUGGGAGGAAGACUACAAGCUGGUACCAUGUGGGGGCCUGUUUGAAGAAUAUCUGGAAAUGGUCCUCCAGUUUGGGUUCAUCACAAUUUUCGUAGCAGCGUUCCCCCUCGCGCCGCUCUUCGCCCUCCUGAACAACUGGGUGGAGAUUCGCCUUGACGCCCACAAGUUUGUGUGCGAGUACCGCCGACCGGUGGCUGAGCGGGCUCAAAACAUCGGAGUCUGGUUCAACAUCUUAGAAGCCUUGUCCCAUCUGUCUGUCAUUGCCAACGCCUUUCUAAUCGCCUUCACAUCAGAUUUUUUACCACGCCUGCUCUACCAGUACAAAUUCAGGAAUGAUCUUAAUGGAUAUGUUAACUUCACCUUGGCCUAUGCACCACUCAACUACACUGACUACCCCAGGUGCAGAUAUAAAGCAUUCAGAGACAAUGAUGGAAUGUAUACACUCUUCUACUGGGAACUCCUCGCUGUGCGACUUGGUUUUAUCAUUGCAUUUGAGCAUGUGGUGUUUUUUGUUCUGCGAGCCAUUGACUGGAUCGUACCCGACGUACCUGAGUCCUUGGAGCUGAAGAUCAAGCGAGAGCGCUACCUGGCCAAGCAAGCGCUGGCUGAAAACCAGGAGGCACUGUUGCAAGCGACACGUCCUUUGGAUUGAUGAAUCGGGACUGGAAUGGAAUGCUGGGAGGAAACAUUCGAGGAAGACGCUCCUUUGAAUUUAGAAAGAUCAUUUUUUCUUCAUUUGAAAGUCAAAAAGCCAGCUCCAGAUGAGAUUGCUGAUGCUGCUGCACGCAUACUGAGGCAAAGGAAACUAAGGUCACUGGCUGGCUCUUUCACCAGGAGGAUUCUAUCUUCAGUUGUUGGAUAUUUGAGCUAUAAUUUAGAUGGGCUUUCCUUUUUGGAGCAAGGCGUAAUUCAUCAAGCAUGAGGAAUAAUGACGCCGCUUCUCUGCAGAUUAACUUGAUUUAUGACUACCAGCAGCUACAGCAUGCAUUGUUGAUGCAGAUGUGUACAGAGUCUCGCAAACGUACUCACAGCCCCUUUAUCUUUUUUUUUUUUUUUUUUUUACACUUUGUCACAUUGCAACCACAAACGUCACUGUUUUACUGGGAUUUCAUCUGUCAGAAAAAAACAUUUGUAAAGUACAAGUUAUAUUCAAAGUAAAAUAUGUAGUUUAUCAUAUUUUUUUGUCUUAAAAAUAAAACUCUGAAGAGUGUGGCCUGCAUUUCUUUUCACCCCUUUUACUCUGACUCCCCUGAAGAUACACUUCAUGAGAAGAAAAUAAAUCUCUUUGGCCUAAAGGCAUAACACCGUCCACCCUGAACACACCACGACGCCACAGUGAACCCUCUUUCUAAACUCUGGACAUCCGUCGACAUCUUUGUUAGCCGAGAUCAGUUGGCUAAUCUUUAUUUAGCCCAGAAAAGGCGCAUAUCCGGUCCAGAUUUAGCGCAACCAAAGGCUUUAUUAGCUCAGCUAUGUUUUUAAACAUGAUUAGUCUCACCACAGUUCAACGUUGUUUUGGUGAAACCGUCUUCCUAGCAAAAUAGUUUUUUGGGGGAUAUCAGUGGCAACAUCAUGACUUGAAAUGUUUUCAAAAGUCCCAGUCAAAAAAUCAGAAUAAUCUAAUCUAAUCCACUGCUACUCUUAAUGGAAUCUAAUCUAAUCAGUGGGAAAACAAUUAUGUUUACAGAUGUUCUGCGGAAGGUAUAGAAUGAGCAAAAAGGUCUUCAGAUGAAAUGUGGCGGAGACAUGGCCUCGACAAACGAAUUUUGUUUGCAUCAGAGUACAGGGAUCUGAAUAUCUUUGUUUAUGAAGCUUUUGGUGUUUGUCUGUCACAUAAAAUGCCAGUAAAAUGCUAUGAAGUUUGUGGUCUCACACGACGAAAUGUUCAUUAUGAAGACAUUCUCGUGGAACUCUAUGCUACCUUUAAUUAAAAGCUGUAGUUUGUGUCAAACCAAAAUAUUUUUCACUGGUAGGAGUUUAUUUUUUUCCUGAAGAAUCCGUCGGGUGAAAACCUGACUCAACCUCCGUCUGCAAUGUCAGCUCUCUGUUAAUCAUUUGUAGUCUUUAACCUCAAGCAGAGAUAACCCCAAUUUUUCUCACACUUGAAAAUGCCUCUGCAGAGACAUGAAAGACAAUAAACAUCCGACUUCUUGGACUCAGUCGGGGUUUCCCACUGCUUGAAAACCAACCGCAAUCUAUAAAUCGGAGCUUUUGCUCUGACCUCAGCCUUGAGGUCAAAGUUUGCCUUCCAUUUUUAUUGCUGGCUAAUACUGUAAGGCUGCACAGAGGGCCAGCUUUUCUUUACUCUCCUUGUUAACUUUCAGAAGAUUGUAAAAUUUGUUUUCCCUCAUAAGCACGUCAGGGGUUUUUUUCUACUUGAAUGAACUGAGCAGUAUUGUAUUAACAGUAUUGUAUGUACUGCUGAACAAGAAAGUUUUUCAUUUCAGAGUUGCUUUUUUUUUUUUUUUUUUUGCAUUUUAGACCAGAAUAAAGCUAGUUUAUUGAACGCAGCCACACUGCUGCUUGGUAAUUGUCUCUGCUGAGCGAUGAAAUGCUGCAGGGACGAACGUUCAUUGAUCAUCCCCGAACCAGGCUCCUUCCUUCGUUUCUCCUUUUCCUCUCCAUGUUGCAGCUUUCUCUGCUCUGCAGAGACGAAUGAAGAAGAUCCUGAUUUAUGAGCAGACAGAAACAGACAGGCGUUCGUUAAUGAUUUCUCUCUUCCUCUCACACUAUCCACCAAUGGCUCCGACCCUUGGGCAAUUUCUGACUUUUGUUUGAUCUCCUCUUCUCCGCCUCACGUUUUUCUUCACUCGUUUCCCCUCUUCCCUCUUAGAAUUGUUUCUUCUUCUGCUCAUUUAAUUCCUGGCAUCAUCUCUCUUUAAUGCCCUCUCCCCCUCCCUCUCUGCCUGCCCUCCCUCUUUGCCACGUUCAUCUUUUGAAUUGUUGUGAUUGCUGCGCGUUCCUCUGCCAUGGCCUGCAGGAAGAGUGAGUUAGUACAUGUCUGUCAGAGAGCACAGGUAUGCGCUGUGGACACUAGCUUGGAUGGAUCGCUACACCGCCUGCAAGGGCGAGGAAGCCAUCGCAAUGCAGGAGCUGCUGAAGGAGAGCUGCGAAUCAAUUGCCUGGGGGUAAAGAUGCAGCAAAGCCAACAAAGCAUAAGACGCACCAAAACUCUGCUCUGUUGCAUUUGUGCCGUUUUGAAACACGCUGUAAGAAAUGACUGGCACCGACGCCGUUAUCUGUUGCUGGUGUUUUGUUCUGCAGACUUUUUUUUUUUUUUUUCUUCCUUCUUUUUUUUUGUGCUCCAGCGAAAACGCAAAAACAAUCAGCGCAUCCAGCACUGCAGAGUAAACUGCUGUCCCGAUUGAACCCGCCACCCUCUUCCCGUCAUCUUUGAUAAGUGAACACAGUUGACACGCAGCAGCGAGCGCACCGAAAUAGACGAGAGCUGAAGAAACCCUGGGCAGCUCCUUCCUAUCGCAGCAUGACGUUUGGAUUGGGAGCAGGUUUUCUUUUUGGGGGUGGGGGUAGGGGGGUGCUAACAGUGCAUAAAAGCGCAAAGACAUGCAAAUUAUUUUUCUGCAAAGUUUUUUUAUGUGUUGAAUGUGCUUGCAGUCAGAUAGCACAAAACAGUCCCUCCUUGAAUGUAAGAGCUUUGCAACUUUAACGUGUUUUGAUUUUAUACAGACUGCUAUAAAUUAAGUAGCACAAUAACAGGGUGGAUUGAAAAGAUAAAAAAUCUGUAAUGUGUGGUGUGGAUUUAUAUUCUGCAUCACUACCAUACUCCAAUAUUAAUAAAUCGAAUCCAGACAUUUGGACCAAACGUUAGAAAGAUGCAGAACAAAAUGUGUGACAGAAAGGCUGACGUCACCCUAACACGAGUCGCCAUCAUGACACAUAGCAGUGGCAGGGUCAUGCUGUGGGGCAUCUUCAGUAGGAACAAUGAGAAGGUGGAUAAAGAUAAAUACAGCA